CGGUGACGACGAAGACAACGAUAUGGCUAGUCGAAGUCAUGGCCGCUGGUUCCAUCCGAAUAUCUCGGGGUUCGAUGCCGAACGGAUUCUUCUCGAACAGGGGAUGGACGGCUCGUUUCUGGCGCGACCGUCAAAGUCGAAAGAAGGCGAUUUCACCCUUUCUGUUCGCCGAAACGGCAAAGUGACACACAUAAAAAUCAGGAACUCUGGUGACUAUUACGAUUUGUAUGGAGGGGAAAAUUUUGCGACACUUGCCGAACUUGUCCAGUACUACAUGGAAAAUCAAGACCAUCUCAAAGAGCGCAACGGAGAGGUCAUUGAACUGCGUUAUCCUUUGAUCUGCGCAGAUCCGACAACCGAACGAUGGUUUCAUGGGCCGUUAUUAGGUCGUGAUGCCGAACGCCUCUUACUUGACAAAGCUCGAAACGGCGGCUUCCUUGUCCGAGAAUCACAGUCGAAACCUGGAGACUAUGUCCUUAGUGUGCGAACUGAGGACAAAGUCACGCACUUCAUUGUGCGCUGUCUCAACGGUGCUUAUGAUGCUGGAGGAGGGGAAAAAUUUAGUUCACUUUCGGAGCUGGUCGAUUUCUACCGCAAGAAUCCUAUGGUUGAAACGUCCGGAACGGUUGUGCACCUCAAACAGCCUCUUAAUGCGACGAGAAUACAGGCGUCAACCAUUGACGAACGCGUAAAACAGUUAUCGCGAGAAAAUACAGGAGGGGGCGGCAAUUGUAAAGCAGGUUUUUGGGAGGAGUUUGAACAAAUUCAACAACAAGAGUGCAAACAUUUGUACAGUCGAAAAGAAGGUCAAAAGCCGGAAAACCGAUCUCGCAAUCGAUAUAAAAACAUUCUACCGUUUGACGAUACUCGGGUUAUACUCAAAAGGCCAGGACAGCCAAACGGUUACAUCAAUGCCAAUUACAUUCGAGUCGAUGAACAGGGAUUAUUUGAUACUGAUCCAACAGCGUGCAAGGUUUAUAUUGCAACUCAAGGCCCUUUAGCUAACACGAUUGAAGAUUUUUGGCAAAUGGUGUGGCAGGAAAACUGCCGCGUAGUGGUGAUGACGACCAAGGAGACUGAACGUGGAAAAUCGAAAUGUGUUCGAUAUUGGCCAGAAAAAAAACGUGAACCUGUCGACUACGGCAGCUACAGCGUAGAGACUGCAGCCGAAACGUCUACUGGCGACUACACGUUACGAGAGCUAGAGCUAACCGAGGUAGCGAGCGGGGAGCGUCGUCGAAUCUACCAUUUUCACUUUACGGCCUGGCCUGACCAUGGCGUUCCCUCCGACCCGGGAUGCGUCCUUAACUUCCUAGAACAGGUCAACGCUAAACAAGAAGAAGCAAAUGCUUCAAUGAACGGCAUCGAAUCUGCCAUUACCGCCUCCGAGCCUACACCUAUUGUGCCAAUGUCAACAAACUCGUCAUCGAACAACUCAUCUUUGAGCUUGACAAAUGGCGCGGGUCCAAUCGUGGUGCACUGUAGUGCCGGUAUCGGCCGAACAGGCACGUUCAUUGUGAUAGAUCUAAUCGUCGACGAGGUGAAACGUCGAGGUCUUGCUGUGGAUAUUGAUAUCCUGCGGACGAUUCGAAUGCUUCGUCGCCAGCGCUCGGGAAUGGUACAGACGGAAGCACAGUACAAAUUCGUCUAUCUAGCCGUCCAGCAUUUCGUUGACACGCAACAACAGCGUCUCGCAGCCGAGCACAAAUACGCCCUGCUGGGCAGGGACUACAGCAACAUCAAGUAUGCCGGCCCAAUCCCGCCUGUCGGCGGAAUUACCGGUGCGGGGUCUGUGGGUCCUGUGGCAGCCGCGUUUGUUGGGGGUACGACAGCACUGGGGUCGAUGGGCAUGCCGCCGCCGCUGUCGCCGUUGCCAAUUUACCCCCUGUACCCCUUGUAUCCACCACCAUCGCCCGGUGUCCCACCGCCAGCUUUUGAUACGGUGGUAUCGAACCCACGCACGAACCCUCUCUACGACACGCAGUCAUUUCCGCCUAAACCGGCGCCAGCAAAGUCUUCAACGUCAGUGAACCCCAUGGUUGGAGCUGGAACCCUAGCAGGUUCCGGUUGUUUAUUAGGUGGCGGAGUGGGGCAUAAACCGCUUCUUCCACCUCCAUCAAUGCCCGCAUCUACUCUCUACGAGAACAUUCCGCUUAAUAUUACAGCUGGCGGGGCCGCUGGCGGCCUACCAGCUUCAAGGUCUCCUCUCGCAGGUCUUCAAUCGCUGUCAUCUUCGUCGACAGGGCACACUAUGACGGAAGCGGCGCCAAUUUCAAAAGUAGCCGCGACGACCACGACAACAGCGGGCGGUACCAGUACCACGGGCAGUUAGACUGUCGUCUUAUGGUGGGCGAUCUUCAAGUCUUAAGUGUGAAAACUUAAGCUUGCGACGUUAUGAUGGUCUUCGCAUUAUCGCAGAGCAUUCUGCCAUGUCUAUUGUCAACCCAGUACGCCAGGGAUCACUUGAUUAUCACUGGCUUACAAAAAAGAAAAAUCAUCAAGGCGAUUCGCUGGGAACGAUGCUGACGAUUAUUCAUGGCAGUAACGCCAUUAUUACUAACUAAACUGAUGGCCGCUGUUGUAUAGUAGCUAAUGCAUGUUUUUCGUUGAAUUGUAUAUUCUCUUUAAAUACAGAUAGAAAAAUGGCUGUCAUAAGAGCGACUGUGGUUACUGGUAAUGUUAUUACUACGCGUAUACUUCUAUAAGAGAGAAACAAAUAAUACCAGAAAAGGAUGACGUGUGAGAUCUUAAUAAUUAUUACUACUGUAAUCAUAAUAAUUCCAAGCAAUACGGCAUAUUGAAGCUGUUGGUACGAUGUCGAGUAAAUGAAAUUUGGACGAUCCCGUGGUGGUUUUGCUUUUUUAUUCGGUGUUCUAAUAAUAUUACCAUUAUUAUUGUAAAUGCUAAUCGAAAUGGAUGCUGCGUUUGUUGCGAGCUUAUUGGCUGAGCAUGCCUAGACUUUUAUCUGUUAAGUAUAGAAACGUAGCACACAUCCCGGUGCUUUGACAUCUCAACGCCCGUCUCAGGUUUUCAGCGUCUCCGUAUAGCGUAUUAAAAACAACAAAAAUAUAUCUAUAUAAAAAAACAAUAAUACUAAAACAUAACGGUACACUAGUACUACUAAAAAGGAUGCUAAGUCCAGAUGAGUUCUUUUUUGGUGCCUAUGCUGUACGGUCUACUAUUGAUUGUAGUAAAUGAUCAUUGCGAUAUCAUUGUCCGCUAGAUCUUAACGGGGAAGGUGCUAGGGGCGUGCGGUCGAAGAUCUUUGCUCGUCUCUAAUAAACAAGAGAACGCAACGGUUAAUACUCGUGACGAAAUAACAUACGGCAAUUUGGAGUGCUAGCAAAUAGCCACUGGCGUACAAAGAAAAGUGAACACGAUGUAUUAGCGCUAUUUGUGGGAGAUCUUCCUCGAUGAGUAACAGAAAGUGACCGCAGUGCUGAAAAAAGAGACAAGCUUUUGAGAGGUUUUGAUUUUCGCUAAGCAAAAACACAACCUAGACGAUGGUUUUGGAAGGUCAUGGCUGUUCUUACUGUUUUCAUAAAGGUACAUGGAAAGUCAUCAUACAGUUGACGAUGGCUUAAGUAGUGUAUAGGAGAAGCGCAAAAAAAGACAUUGCGCUGUGCACAAGUGUGAGAGUGCUUCAAAGCAUAUAACAAUAAUAGACAACUAAUAAGAAGAAGGCCGGAUAGAUGAUACUUAGAAACAAAGUGUACAAAAAAUACUAGUGGAUAAUAAUGAUAAUAUAAGAAUGAUUAUUAUUGCUAUUUUAUUAAAAUAACGACGAGUAACUAUUAUCAUUAUUGUUGUGGUGAUAAUCUAGCAGAAACAAAUAGAUGUGGUCGUAUACCCACCAGGUCGACACUGAAUCGCUUACCGACAGACUGGCCGAGGACAGUUGUACUGAUAUAAGAGCAAUGCCGGGUAACACUUACUAUUAAAAAAUAAAGUUGACAUCAUCCUACACAUAUUUAAAGGCGAUCUUUCCUCACUUUAGGAGGAAAACGCAUAAUAAUAAAUUCAAGUUGGCUAUUAUAUUCUAUAAAAACUACAUAACCGACUGCAGUUAUAGAUAGAAAUGAAACAACGGAAUAUCUGUAAAAGUAAAAGAAACGAAUCUUAGUAUACACAUAUACAAAGAAACAGAACAAUAUAACAAAUAAAUCCGUCUCUCACGCCGAGUUCGAAGCGGCCUUCAGCCAGGCGUCUCAACGACGUACGCAGACGGAAUCGACCGCCUGGCUUGUUUUAAAGAUAAGUGUAGAUCAGAAUCUUAGCCGUGAACUGUGGCCUGCAUAUUGACUUUGUUCCCGAGUCAUCUCCAGAGUAAGUCGGAAACCGAGCGAAAUUAAAUUAGGCAUACGUGGAUCGAAAACGGGCCCGAUUUCCAGACCAGCAUAGAGCCAUCAUUAGAAACAAUGCAUAUAUAACAUAAUAAUAUAACUGGUUCUUACGUACAAUAUACAAUAUUGUAGCGCUAAACAUUGAAUGUCAUGUAGAGAUACAUCAUAAAAUGUGUAGAUCCAACACGACAGCUGUGGUAUGAAAUCAAAUAAUUGAAAUCGCGCGUGUUGUCUGCUAGUAGUUUCGUCAGAAAUUAAAUUCUACAAAUUAUUUGGAAGGAAAGACGGGUAAUGAGUUUAAAAAAACGUUCGAGCAUAAGCUGGGUUAACUAUUAGAUGUAGAUGAAUAUCUGGUUAGCAAUGAGAAAAAGCAUCGGUCGAGCGGUGGCGGAUUACCAGGCAAUCUAUGGAUUUUUUGUCUACCAAGAAGAUGCUGUGCUAUGUAGAGUUAUCUUUCCUCCACUUAAUUCCCUCACACUGUUUUCACGGGCCUAAGGCGGAUACGUAUGUCUAGAGUAAGUCGCCAAAUUGGUCUAAGUUGAGUUUGCCUAUCAGAUUGUCUGAGUGAAAAAAAAAACGAACUUUUUUCUAUUAUUCUCAUUUCACUUGUCUAAUGUAAUUAACUGGCUACAAAAAUAUGCAGUUCAAAAACCCUCGAUGUUAUUUGAAAUAACUCUAUCGAUUUCCCGUGGAGUGCAACGCUCGCCUCGCCAGUGCGGCAUGAAUUCUAUUUGACCACAGAUGUGCACCCUAUGGAAUGCCCAAAGUACUACAUGUUAUCUUUUUUUUCAUACAAUAUAAAUCUUACAAAAACCAUAGAAUGUAUAACGGAAUGGGUUUGAAUUAUUAGCACCACUAUUAUUAAUAACCGUCAAUUUAUCUCUCGCUCUCUCCAUAUAUAUAUAUAUAUAUAUAUAUAUACAUAUAUAUAUAUAUAUAUAUAGUACCUUUAAUCACACCCGCAAUGCACCUGCCUGAGCCUUAAGAUUUGUCUAAUAUGAGCCCGGUAACAUCGACUAUUUUGGUCAACUACAUCUCGACUUUCGAGUGUGAUAAUAUACAGAAAGAAACAGGCACUCAAUCAUUAAUUGAUCAACUCUCGACAAUUCAUAAUCAACGAUGACGGCUUUAUUAACAACUACGAAUGCGUAAUGAGCAGGGAUAAUUUAGCGAUGGCCUUAUUUUGACAACCAUAUAUAUACAUUACUGAUGAAUCCAUUUCAAUAUUAUAUAGAAGAAAAAAUAUACAAGCUGCAAAUAUGCAAGCUGAAAAGACAGCAUUGUUUCUGCUAAUGCAAGGCAACAAAAAUGGUAAAAAUUGCUACGAAACGUAAUCCAAAUUGUACUCUAACUUCAAUGUGUUUCCACGGGAAAAGCGGUGAAUAUAUAUAUAUAUAUAGAAGUAGGGGUUGGAUCACGUUUCUUAACAAUUUUUACUAUCUUU